GCAGAGCAGCACCAGUAUGAGGAGUGGCUCCUGCACACCCAGCAGCUUCUGCAGAUGCAACUCAAGUUCCUGGAGGAGCAGAUCGGAGCUCAUCGCAAGUCUCGCAAGGCUCUGUGUGCGAAGCAGCGCACUGCCAAGAAGGCCGGCCGCGAGUUCGCUGAAGCCGAUGCGGAGAAACUCAAACUGGUCACAGAGGAGCAGAGCAAGAUCCAGAAACAGCUGGACCAGGUUCGGAAGCAGCAGAAGGAGCACACUAACCUGAUCGCAGAGUACAGGAGCAAGCAGCAGCAGCACCAGCAGGGCUCGGGUCUCCUGGCCCCAGGGCCUUCCACUCAGGGGCCCCACAUGCUGUCCAAGAUGCCUGGGCAAAUAAUAAUGGGCCAGCCGGGAGGUCCUAUGAUGAGCCAACCUCCAGGCCUCAUGCCCCAGGGAGUUAUGCCCGUCAGGAUGCCCCCUCAGGGGCAACAGUUCCUGGGUGGCCAGCCCCAGCACCCUGCAGCUCUAGGGGCCCGUCCUCCCGGCCCUCCUGCGGGUUUCUUCUCCCAGAGUCCAGGUGUCCAAGGCGCAGACCCAAGGCUUCUCCAGGAGAGGAAACACAGGAUCCAGAUGAUCCAGAAGCUCCAGCAGCAGCAGGCCAUGAUGCAAGGACAGCAGCCAAUGCCGCAUCCGGGUGGCCAACCAGCCAUGUUGCCCCAGCCCCAACCAGGUGCCAUGGGGAACCCAAUGAUGGCGCCACAACAACAGCCGAGCCUACAGCAGGGAAUGAUGCCCAACCAAGCCAUGGUGACCCAGGGUAUGGUGCCGGGCCAGGCCACUCAGGCCCUGAUGGGUGGACAGCCUCCGGGCGUGAUGGCCGGUCAGCCCGGGUUAAUGAGCGCUCAGCCGGGUGUACAGCAGCAGCAGCAGAGGCCCCCGGUCAUGAUGGGCCCGCAGGGCGUCGCGGGACCCCCUCAGCACCAUGGGCUCCGGGGCCAGGCCCAGUUCACGCCGCAGCAGCAACAACAGAUCCUGGCCCAGCGCAUGUUGGUCCAGCAGCAGCAGCUCAGGCAGCCGCCUCCGCAGGGCUUCCUCAACCAGCCCAACCAGUCUCAGGAUCCCCAGGGGGGCCUCUCCCAGCCCGCCACCCCGGGCCAGACGGGCUCCUCCCCGGCCUCUGCCGGGGGCAGCACGCGGGCCACGCCGCAGCCGGCUGAGGGGCUGCAGCCGGGUGACGGAGGCAUCCUCAGUCCCAGCUCCAGGACCCCUCCGCAGCAGGGUGGACCGGCGACCCCCGGACUGAUGACUCAAGCGGGGGCCCCCGGGGAGCAGCCGGGGGCGGUGGGGCAGCAGUACAUGGCCCAGCAACAGCAGCUGCCUCCGAAUGGCCCCCCGGGUCACCAGCAGCCAGCGGGCUACCAACAGGCGGCGUUGCAUCCCCAGGUCCAGCAGCAACUCUCCCUGCAGCGGCAGGGCUCCCUUAACGCGGACCCGUCAAAAUCGGGCCUGGUCACCGUCAAGCAGGAAGGACAGCAGAUGUGUUACAUGGCGCAACAACAACAACAACAACAACAACAGAGUCUUAUGCAGCAAGCCCAAGACCCCGCUGGACAACAGCAACAUGAGGGUAUUGGCCAGAUGCAGAAUGUGAUGGUUCAACAGAACCACCCCGGUCAGCCUCAGCCUAUCUCUGGCAUGCCCGGCCACCCUAGUCCGCAGCAACAGGCCCUGAUGGCCCAGCAGGCGCAGCAGCAGAAGCAGCAGGCCAUGAUGGGCAUGAUAAGAGCCCAGCAGCAGGGUCUGAUGCCUGGCCAGAGGCCCGGGGGUCCCCCAGGUCAGAUACGCACCCCCAUCAACUUACAGGCGAUCAUAGCCCAGAACCCCCAGCUACGACACCUCACCCCCAAUCAGCAGAUCCAGCAGAUCCAGUCGAUGAUCCAACAGCGACAGCUCCAGCAGCAGCAGGGCCAGAUGCUGAGGCUGCAGGCCGGUCAGGGACAGCCAGGGCAGAUGAGGCCCCAGGGGCCCCCCGGGCCAGGCCAGCAGGUCCAGAGGAUGCCUGGAGGCCUGGAGGCGCAGCAGCAACAGAUGCUCUACGGAGGAGCUCUGGGGAAACAAGGGGGCGUGGGCUCCCCGCAACAACCGGGCAUAAUGGGCCACGGCCAACCGCCGGUUGUGGCAGGGACUCCGAUGCAACAGCCGGGGAUCAUGGGACCUGUAGUCCAACAGCCACAGCCUGGAGCCUCCCCUCAGUACACCCUGAGUGUCCAGCAGCAGCAGAUAAUGCAACAGCAGCACCAGAUGAUGAGAAGCCAGGGGCCCGUGGUGCGUGGCGGGCACCCCCAAGGCAAUCCCCAUCAGCCCCCUGCCAACUCCCCCGGGGACCCGCAGCGCCACGCCAUGGCCCAGGUGAUGGCGAUGCGUCAGCCCAACCCCAGCCAGGUCACACAGCACCAGGAGCUGCAGCAAUCUCAGCUCCACAUGGCUCCGCACCGCUUCCAGGGUUCGCCCUCCCACGCCGGCUCUCCCGCCGGACCCUCCGUCCAGAAACAGGAAACCGGAAUGAGCCCGGCCACCCCUGGCACUCCGCACUCCACCCACGUGGCCUCUCCGUCCGUCGCCGACGGGGCUGCCGGGAAAGGCAGCCCUUACGGUCAGAUCAAGGCGUCCCCUCUCAGGUCGCCUGGAGCGUCCAAGAGUCCCCUGGACUACCACGGGCUUAAGGCUGAGAGUGGUGACACAGCCGGGAGCAAAGCACCCCCAAACGGGCCUUUGCCCCAGAAGGGCGAGAGUGGACCGCCGCAGGCCUCUGAGAACCAGGGUGGUCAUCCAGCACCACCGGGCUCCAGAGAAGAAGCUCUGUGUAAGAUGACCCUGCAGAACAUCAAGCAGGAGCCCAGAGAGGUGACCUGCGAUGGGGAAGGUGGUGGAGGUCCCCACGCUGGGGCCAUCAAGCGGGAGGCGACUGGGGAGCCGGUCGGAGGGUUUGGUAGCGCUGGGCCUGGGGGGGACCAUGGAGCCCACGUGUCCAGGACCGAGACCGGACAGCAGCUGCUGCAGAAGCUGUUGAGGACCAAGAACCUGCAGCUGGCAGCUCAGAGACCCUCUGACGGCAUCCACAGUGAGAUCAACGGGCACAUCAACAGCAAGCUGGCCAUGUUGGAGCAGAAGCUACAGGGAACACCACGUAACAUGGAGGAUCUGCAGUCCAUUACGAAGAGGCCUCCUGUUGCCAAGGCGAAGCGCACCAACAAGACUGGAGAACGAGCGCCUCAGUCCCGUAAGAAGAAGAAGGAAGAGGUUGGGAAGAGCACUGAAACCCUGAUGAAGCAACUGAAACAGGGCCUCUCUCUGCUUCCACUGAUGGAGCCCUCCAUCACUGCCAGCCUGGACCUUUUCGCCCCCUUCGGCAGCAGCCCGGCCAACGGCAAGGCCCAGCUCAAAGGCUCCUUUGGGAACGCUGUCCUGGACAACAUCCCAGACUACUACUCACAGCUGCUCACCAAAAGCAACCUCAGUAACCCGCCUACCCCACCGUCCUCCCUGCCGCCCACGCCGCCCCCCUCGGUGCAGCAUAAGAUGCUCAACGGGACUACCUCUGUGGAGGAGAUUACCGAGGGGCAGAAAGAGACCACGGAAGACACUAUGGAUUCUGUCACUGAGGAGGUGAAGAGCGUGGACAUCCUAGCAGCGCUCCCUACACCACCUCAUAACCAGAACGAGGACAUCAGGAUGGAGAGCGAUGAGGACAGCGAGGCUCCAGACAGUAUCGUCCCAGCCUCUUCUCCUGAGAGUGACCUAGGGGAUGAGGCACCACGCUUCCCUCGCUUCAGAGACCUGAAAGAGGAGGAGACUGAGAGGGCCAUUUCCCCUACAAUACCACUCAUCCCCCGAACUGCCAUACCAGCAUUUCCAGAAAGCAAGCCAUUUGAAGCAGCGGAUGGAAAGGUGGCGUCUACAACCAACGCCUGGGACAAAGCCAAGAGCAACGAGGUGGCAGUAACCUUCACGCUGUCUUCUGCUGCAGCCAAGAAUCUGAACCACGUGAUGGUGACGGUGGCUCAGCUUCUCAACAUGCGUAUGCCCGGAUCCUAUGAGUUUGCUUUAUCUCCCAGCCCGGGCAGGCCCGGGACCUCAGGACCUGGAAAAAGCCCGGAACAAACAGGUUCCAUGUGUGCCAAGACUGUUGGCAGCGGGACUUCCCCCAUCCAGGACGCAGAGUGGCUGAGACAGUUCGAUGUUUCUCUGCCAGGCUGCACUCUGAAGAAACAGGUGGACAUCCUCUCGCUCAUCAAACAGGAGUUCCCUGAACAGGAGGACAAACCAGCUCAGCACUGUUACACCACGAAUGUGUCUGACCUGGAUGUACGUCAUCUCCCCGUCAUUCCCGUCGACGACUCUCCGCCCUCCUCUCCCUCUCCUCCUCCUCCUCCUGCCCCUCCUUGUGAACUCGAGGCUGAGACCGAAACUCCAACAAUGCCCGCCUCCCCCUCUGCCACCCAACCGGCCUCCCCCUCGCAGCCGGCCUCCGUCUCCACCACCCAGCCGGCCUCUCCCUCCCAGCCUCUCCCUAGCCCCGCUCAGACCACCGCUCUGGUGAAAAUGGAGCCUGCCGCUUCCACUGUUAUGGUCAAAGUGGAGCCGGACACAGAGGAGGCCGUCCUUCCUGCCGACUCCGACCUGGUCGGCGCCACUGAGGCUUCGGACUCCGCUGAUGCCGAGUUGAUCUCCGUAGCCCGACCUACUGACCAGCAAGCCCCCCAGCCCCAGGACACCACCUCCACCGGGAGCCUGGAGCUGAUCUCCGCCAAGGUGAAGCACCGCAGCAGGCCUCUCUCCCCCGACCCCGAGGAGAUGGCGGUCCGGCCCAAGAUGAAGAAGUGGAAGGGCGUCCGAUGGAAGCGCCUGCAGAUCGUCAUCACCAUCCGUAAAGGGGGCUCGAAGAAGGAGAGCAGCCGCGGGGUCUCGGAGCUCAUGGAGCGCCUCCGCAUCACCCUGCGGCCCGACAAGAUGCCCCGGGACCGACGGAAGUGCUGCUUCUGCCACGAGGAGGGCGACGGCGCCACAGACGGCCCCGCCCGACUGCUCAACAUCGACGUGGACCUGUGGGUUCACCUCAACUGUGCCCUGUGGAGCACGGAGGUGUACGAGACCCAGGGCGGGGCGCUGAUCAACGUGGAAAUGGCGCUGAGGCGUGGGCUGCGCACCCGCUGCGCCUACUGCCAGAAGACGGGCGCCACGAACAGCUGCAACCGCCUGCGCUGCCCCAACGUCUACCACUUCGCCUGCGGCAUCCGGGCCCGCUGCAUGUUCUUCAGGGACAAGACCAUGCUGUGUACCCAGCACAAGCUGAAGGGCCCGAGCGAGGAGGAGCUGACGGGCUUCGCCGUGUUCCGUCGCGUCUACAUCGAGAGGGACGAGGUCAAGCAGAUCGCCAGCAUCCUGCAACGCGGCGACCGCAUACACCUGUUCCGCGUGGGCGGCCUCAUCUUCCACGCCGUUGGUCAGCUGCUGCCGUCUCAGAUGCAGGCCUUCCACUCCCCGACGGCCAUCUUCCCCGUGGGCUACGAGGCCACCAGGAUCUACUGGAGCGCGCGCGUGCCGAACCGCCGCUGUCGCUACCGCUGCCGCAUCAGUGAGGCCGAUGGGAGGCCGCUGUUCGAGGUGCGGGUGCUGGAGCACGGGCAGGAGGACCUGCACUACCGCGACACCACCCCAGGAGGUAUCUGGGACCGAGUGGUUCAGUCCGUAGCUAAGCUCAGAGAGGAGUCGGCCAUGUUGAAGCUGUUUACUGACCACGUGAAGGGCGAGGAGAUGUAUGGUCUCACGGUCCAUGCUGUACUGCGCAUCACGGAGUCUUUGCCUGGAGUGGAGAACUGCCAGAAUUAUGUGUUUCGCUAUGGACGCCACCCCCUGAUGGAGCUGCCCCUCAUGAUCAACCCCACCGGCUGUGCCCGCUCCGAACCCAAGGUCCUCACACACUGCAAGAGUUCUGUCUCGCUUUCUCUCAGGCCUCACACCCUGAACAGCACGUCCAUGUCCAAGGCCUACCAAAGCACCUUCACCGGCGAAAUCAACACGCCCUACAGCAAGCAGUUCGUCCACUCCAAGUCGUCCCAGUACCGUCGCCUGAAGACCGAGUGGAAGAACAACGUCUACCUUGCCCGCUCGCGCAUCCAGGGCCUGGGGCUGUAUGCCGCCAAGGACCUGGAGAAACACACCAUGGUCAUCGAGUACAUCGGCACCAUUAUCCGCAAUGAGGUGGCCAACCGGCGCGAGAAGAUUUACGAGGAACAGAACCGAGGGAUCUACAUGUUCCGCACCAACAAUGAACAUGUGAUCGAUGCCACUUUGACUGGUGGCCCUGCUCGCUACGUCAACCAUUCCUGUGCCCCCAACUGUGUGGCCGAGGUGGUGACAUUUGACAAAGAGGACAAGAUCAUUAUCAUCUCCAGUCGCAGGAUCCCUAAAGGAGAAGAGCUGACAUAUGAUUAUCAGUUUGACUUUGAGGACGAUCAGCACAAGAUCCCCUGCCACUGUGGAGCCUGGAAUUGCAGGAAGUGGAUGAACUAAACCAACUGGAAGAAAUGGAGAGAGAAUGAGAAAGAAAAUGAGAGGGAGGAGUCCCUCCUUUUUUCCUGGUGCCAGAACAGAACUCCCCUGCUGCGCCAAAGCCUUUAGAAUCUUUAGAACUACUUACCCAGUUCAUAAGCUGUUUGUAAGCUGUUCGUAAGCUGUUCGUAAGCUGACGAACGAGGUGGAGAAACUGACCUCCGGAAACAAUAAAAGACUACGAAGUUUGCAUUCACACCUGUAGCCAAAGGUUUGAGGAGCAUUACUGAUAUAAAAUCAAACAGACCCACUCCUCCAUUUACAUCCAGCUGAAUGGUGGGACAAUCUCUUUGUGGAAUAACUGUCCUCUGCCAAAAGCAAUUCUUUCCUCUACCUACCCCUUCUUUAUUAACUGUGGCUGGAAUACAAUUCUCUGUACACCUACCAAAUGUUCUGGUCCUAUGUGAUGUAACUAUACCCCCCGUGGCAGAGCUCCCCUCAUUUAGAGCUUUGAAGAAAGAAGCCAUUUUAAGUACUAAGAACGAACAAACAAUAUUUUUUAUUUCGCGGAAAGUUGGACCUAUCCUCCCACUCUCCCCCCUUUCUAACCUGACCCCCAUGGAAAAGACACUCGCCCGUUGUCAUUGGCGACGAUUGAUUUCCCAAUGUGGAUGUUAUUGGCUAGCUAGACAAUCCUGAAGACACUGGCUCCAAGUCUGUAUAGGAGAACGGUGUCGUUGAGAGGUGUGGAGAAAAGAUGUAAGAUAAUAUAAGUUGAUCUGUGUCUUUGGAGGCACCAGACAGAAAAGACAGGUGUUUUUCUUACUGUCCUGACAGACUAAUGGAGUUUAAAGGUGGGUUAGUUGGACCCCCAGUCUACCUCAUUGAUCUAGUGGGAAGUGACUGCUUGCGUUGUGUAAAAACUGUAACUGCUACUGUGGAAAAGGGGGGGAUGGUGUCUGUGGGAAUGUCGUUUUCAUUGGGCUAAUAAUACAGCCUUCUCGGACAAGCAGGGAAACUUAAACUAGCAGCAGGUUUGCGCUAUCUUCUAUUCUAUGCUGAUUUUACAAUAAUGAGCCAACAAUAUUAUUAUUAUUCAUUAUGUAUACAGACAGAAUAAAUUAUGAGUUUUUUUUUUUUUGGGUUAAGAUAUCACAUUAAGAUUAAUCGGAAGCUAAACAGGUGCGGUUAGUUUAUUCCUGAUCAUCCUGAUUUUUUUUUUGUGUUAAUCGUCUGCCAUCCUCUUCAUAUUUAUAAUGCAUUAAGAGAUCAUCCUUUUAGGUGUGUGAAUGAACACAAGAACAUCCACCCUUGUGUUGUUGUAGACUAAGGUAGGUGUUAAUGAUUGUUGCUUUAAGCAGGGUCACAGGCGCUAAUUUAAUAAGUUGUCUUUGGCAAGACGAUCAAGUCCAAGAACGAAGUAUGAUUGAAGGAAACGUAAUCUACGCUUGCUGCUUCAUGCAUUCAGGUCACACGUUAAGCAGAAAGCUAGCGGGCAAUGAUGCAAGACUAGACUACUGUCCCAUUUGUUUUCCACCCUCCAGUCCUUCAGAUCCCACUCCCAUCUUCUAUUUUCUCAAAUCACGUAAACCAUGAAUCUAGCCUCUUCCUCUGUGUAUCAUGUAGUGGACUGUUGUAAACGUCGGUUUACUGCUCUACUGUUGUAAACUUUACUGUAGUGAGUCUUUCUCUGCCGGGCCCUGCCUGACCACACCAACGCCAGGUGUGUUUAUAGAGAUCCCCGUAUUGUGGUUUUCUAGUUGUAGUACUGUCUUCUAUACUGGAGGCUUGAAGUAAUGGCAGGGGAAGACUUGUAUAAAAGGGCAUUUGUUUUCUUUUUUUAAUGAAAGUAAACUAAUAAACGAAGUAGAUCUUUUAAGAGAGGGGACACUUCUGAAGUCUCCAUGACAAAGUCUCCCGUACUACUUUUUCUCCAUUAGUUUCCUCCUCUAUCCUGACCUAAGACCUCACGUAAGGAAAAAAUGCAAAAAUGUACAAACUGUAUAUAUACUAUAGGGGGCAACAAACUCUUUACCCAAGCCCUUUUUUAAUCAAUAAAAAUCUAAAAUUGUAGAGAAAGAAAAUUGAAAGAAAUCAACCACUGGAUAUCAUUUUAUCAGAAAGAUGAAGCUGUAUAUAUAUAUAUAAAUAUAUGUAAAAUGGCAAACUAAGUAAUAUCUUGAUAUGUAUAUGAACCAGAGUGUUUUUGCAUUUACCUGUUUUUCUAUUAGCGUUUUUUGCUAUAAGCUUUCAAAGACAGUUUGUUAAAAAUAGGUGAACAUGUCUGGUCUUCCCCAAUGACUAGAAGCCACAGAUGAAACAAGAAAAUGUUGGAGGAUGUCGAACCAUUAUGGAAAGUUGUCAUAUUACAUUUUGAAAAAUCACUUAUUGCGUAAAAGCAGUACAAUGGUGCAUAGCAUUUGUGUAUUUAUGUAAAAUUGUUCAUGUAUCUGUUCAUUUACUUUUUAUUUAUGCUACUGCUUGUCAAUUUUACCAAAAUCUAUCCCUUGAUUGGUCACAAUUGGAUUAUUAGUGUAUGAGUUAGUGCUAAAUGGAAAAUAUUAAACUCCUCCCUGGCUAGGAUAUUACUUAAGAAUGAUUGGUGUUUUGUUAUUUUUCUUCCCUAUAGAAGUGAAUGUGUUGGUAUACCUUGUGAAAAAUGGCUACUCAGCCUGAUGUGUUAUGACUAAAUAUUCAGAGUUAACCCCGUACUUAUGUACCUGAGAAUGAAUUGCACUCUCAAUAGUAAAUGAAUGGAGUACUUCUCUAAAAGUGGUAGAUAUUGCUAAAGUAUGAGGCAGUGAUUGAUAUAUUUUUUUUCUUGGUAUGUUUAUAUUUCAACGAAAGAUAAGAUGUUUUGCCGCUCACUGGAUUUUAGCCUAAAUAAUUUCUUCCUUCAAUCAUGUUUGAAUAUCUUUAAUUUAAGUUCUCUGCAUAUCUUAUUUAAAUUAAGAUUUGCUAAAAGUUUUUUUUUUUUUACCUAACCUCCUUUUUAAAGAGAUGUUUGUUGCAUCUGUACAGCAGAGCUACUUUUAGGGAGUAUGAAUAAAUAUAAUGAUUUUUAUUGUAUGUGGCAUGUUUUGUAUGGCUAUCAUUUUGAAUUGUACAUAUUUUUUUUGACGACGCCAGAGGUUGCAUCUCUUUCUAUACAGCUUUUCCCUCCCCUUUCCCCAUCAUUUAUUUGUUUCUGCUUUUAUUUCUUGUAAAGGAAAAUAAAAGGCAUUUUAAAUA